CUUGUUAUUAUCAGCGGCCGUUGUUGUUGUUGCUGCUGCUAGCUGACUGUUUAGAAAAGGAUCUUAUUUUUUAACGCCUAGACUAAGUUCUAUAAAAAACACACCAUGGGAAAGAAGCACAAGAAAUACAAGCCCGAGUGGAGGACAGUAGACGGUGAUUAUGAGGACCAGCCCUUGGAUAAGCCACUGAAGCUGGUGCUGAAGGUCGGAGGAAGCGAGGUCACAGAACUCUCUGGCUCGGGACACGAUUCGAGUUAUUAUGACGACCGUUCGGAUCAUGAACGGGAGCGCCACAAGGAAAAGAAAAAGAAAAAGAAGAAGAAAUCCGAGAAGGAGAAGGACAAGCACUUGGGCGAUGAGGAAAGGAGACGGAGAAAGGAGGAGAAGAAAAAGAAACGCGAAAGAGAGCAACAAGAAAAUGCCACUAACCCCCCAGUAGAGCCGAUUACUCUUCCCAAACCGGUCGAGGUAGUGGUGGAGGAGAAAAAGAGGAAGAGGGAGAAGAUAGAGGCAGAUCCUGAUGACCUGCACCUCAGCAUGAAGGUGGAUUCGGACACGCAGGCAGACCGGCCCGUCCGAGCCUGCCGCACUCAGCAAGAAAAUGAAAGCACGCCACGCCAGCAGCUCCUUGAGCACUUCUUACGUCUGCUCCAGAGGAAAGACGCCCACGGCUUCUUCGCCUUUCCGGUGACAGACGCCAUCGCACCAGGUUACUCCAUGAUCAUUAAACAUCCCAUGGACUUCAGCACCAUGAAGGAGAAGAUCGAUAUGAACGAAUACAAAACAGUCACAGAAUUUAAGGCCGACUUCAAGCUGAUGUGUGACAACGCCAUGGUGUACAACCGGCCCGAGACGGUCUACUACAAAGCUGCCAAGAAACUCCUGCACACCGGCUUCAAAAUGAUGAGCAAACAGGCCGCCAUUCUGGGCGACGAGGACGUGGUCGGAGAGGACCCUGUUCCCGAGGCCGUCCCCUUCCACGCAGAGUCCACCAAAAAAUCCAAAAAGCAGCCCGUCAAGGAGCCCAUUAUUAGUGAUCUGUACGAGCCGGAGGGGACCGCGUGCAGCCUGACGGACAGCACGGCCGAGGAACACGUCCUGGCGCUGGUGGAACAUGCGGCAGACGAGGCACGGGAUCGCAUCAACCGCUCGAUGCCAAACUCCAAGGUAAGAGAUGCUUUAUUAAGCAUCACUAGAUACCAACAGUGUGGUGUGAUUACUGACGGACGUGUUUGUGUUUUAAAUCAGAUGGGAUACAUCAAAAAGGAAGGAGACGGAUCUCUGAUUUAUACCGUCGUUAAUCAGGACCCGGAGGCAGAAGAGGAAGAGACUCAUCCUGUAGAUUUAAGCUCUCUAUCUAAUAAACUAUUACCUGGCCUGACGUCACUAGGAUUCAAAGAUGACCGUAGACUCAAAGUGACGUUUUUGAGCAACGCGUACAACACCCAGACGUUACAGAACAACUCCAUCUACCCAGACCUGAUCCCCGAGGAGACCGACAUGCUCUAUUCGGCCUACGGGGACGAAACCGGAGUCCAGUGCGCUCUCAGUCUGCAGGAGUUUGUGAAGGACUGUGGCAGUUUUACCAAGAGGCUUGUGGAUGAUCUGUUGGAUAAAAUGACAAACGGGGAUCACUCGAAGGCUGUCUUCCAGAUCAGAAAGAAACGAAACAUGCCAGUGGACGAGGCCAGGGCUGGACUGUGUGAUAUGCAGAGUGCAGACGGAGGCUCGGUUCUGGACUUCAUGUCUCUGAAGAGUUUUCCAGACAUGUCUCUGGACAUGCUCAACCCUCUUGCGGGCAAACCGGUAAAGAAGGAGCCGGAGCAUGACGAGAGCCACCAGCAUUUUGAUGACACGGCCAAGCUGCUGCAGGAGUUUCAGGACGCAGCGGUGGACAGGGUCGGCUCCAGACCUUCCUCAAUCCUCUCCUCUCUCUCCAACGCUUCUGAGAGGGACCAGCAUCAUUUAGGAAGCCCUCACCUAGGUGUUGGAGACCAGUCGGAAAUGGUUCACGACCCGUACGAGUUUCUUCAGUCUCCGGAGCCGGACUCUGCAGCCAACAGCUGAUGUGUACCGUGUUUAUGUGGUUGUGUGUAAAUGAUCUGAUUCAGUGCUGUAUGAUUUUGUGCUCGUGUCUGUAAGCUUGUACAGAUUAGCUGUGUACUGUGUUUUACAAUAAAUGCUCCUCCAGAGGCUUUUUGUAUCCA